GAUUGGAACAGCAGUGGUAUGAUGUGAGAGUCCAGCACCUUAUAUACCACGCCACCUGUUGGCCUAGUGCAUCUUUUUCUGCUCCAAGCGGGAAGUGCGGAGGGCAGGAGAGAGAGCAUGGCGGUCAGAAGGCAGAAAAUACAGAUGGACGGGACUCUCUCACACCUGGGUUUCAGGCUAGCUGUGACCACAGCCCUCCCCUGCCGUGCUGAAUUUCCAUUAGCAGAGAAGCCCGCCUCCCUCUCCCCUUCCCCCAGGGCCCAGCCCAGCAGGGAGAAGCACCAGAUCAGCUGGGUCAGGACUUCUGGCUCCACAUGAGGGGGAGAGACAACUGAGGCUCCCAGCUGGCCUCACACAUCCCUGCAGUGGCUUCUUGGCACCAGCAUACCAAGCCAACCAGGGACCCCAUAAGCCAGAGGCUGGGCAAGAACGAGUAAACAUGCCUGCAGCCCAAGAUUCAACCUGCUUUUCCUGACACCUGGGCCCUCGAGGUAGUAAUGUGAUUUCCUUGCACACCUCCAGAUCCGGUCCCACUCAGAAUGUACUCCCCCAGCACAUGAAGAGACGUGCGACUCUCCUCUCCCUCCCUGUCUCUCACACACACCUGACUCAGAGACAGACGCCACUUUCUCAGGCACAGGCUGGAGACCAGCCAGUGGAGCAGGGAUUUCAUGGGCAUUGGAUUACCAGGAGCUGGUGUGGAGCUCCACCCAGCACAACCUUCGCCCAAAUCUGACUGCCGCCCACCCCAGGCCCUCCCAGGUGGGUGGCAAGGGGCAAGGGGUCCUGAGGGAGCUUAUAGACCCAGAAGGCAGGAAAGGCAGAAGGAAAGAACUCUCACGGGUUCAGAGUGACAACAGUCCCCCAGCUCUCAGCAUUUGGAGGACUGAGGAAUAUAAAGGGGUCAGUCUGCAAGGACGAAGAGAGGGUGCUGCAGGCUCCCCGCUUCCAUGGAAGCCUGCAGGACUACAGAAGAGAGGUGGAAGAAGUCCUGAGUAGUCCUCCCUGGUGGAAACUUUCUUUUCAGGUAGCAGGUCGUGAACUAUUAUAGAAGCCUGCAAUGGAAGAAGCCAUGCAGAGGUGUGACUUGCUCCAAGCUGAGGUUUAGGCCCCGCAUGGAGGUCAGUCUCCCAGGAAGUAACCCAGGCUCCUGCGUGUGUCCAGAGGUCUGCCUCACCUGAGCUCAGGAGUAGAAGGCUACUGGAGGCUCUUGCUCUACCUGCCCACCAAGUCCGCCCAGGAACCUGAUGACCUCAGGAGGCUGCGCUUCCCAGCAAGCGGACUGAAAGCCCCACGGUAUCCCGGCGCUAAGUCAGAGACCACUAGAGGGCUCCAGAAACUCACUGACUGCUAAUGCCCUCUUGUGGCUAGAAUGGGGAUCGGCAAGAAAGAAAUUGCAGAAGAGCGCCCAGAUGGGAUUUCUGAGAUAAUAAUAGCGGUACAGGAGCUGGUGCCCACGCAGACCUGCCACACGACAGCUCCAGCCUCGCCCUCUUGCACCUUUGGUUUCCUUCCCCAGGUCAGUGGCGCCGUGCCUGUGAGCGGCGGGAAGAUGGUGCUGACUCUGACCCAGGAGAUCCUCAGCCACCUGGGCCUUGCCAACAAGACUGCAGCUUGGGGGACGCUGGGUACCCUCAGGACCUUCUUGAGCUUCAGUGUGGACAAGGAUGUGCAGAGGCUGCUGAGGGCCAUUACAGGCCAAGGUGUGGACCGCGGCGCCAUAGUGGAUGUGCUGACCAAUCGGAGCAGGGAGCAAAGGCAGCUCAUCUCCCGAGCCUUCCAGGAGCGCACCCAGCAGGACCUGCUGAAGUCCCUGCAGGCGGCGCUGUCGGGCAACCUGGAGAGGAUGGUGGUGGCACUGCUGCAGCCUGCAGCCCAGUCUGAUGCUCAGGAAUUGAGGACGGCCUUGAAGGCCUCAGGUUCUGUGGGCGAUGUGGCCAUGGAAAUUCUUGCCACCCGAGCCCAGGCGCAGCUGCAGGAGUGCCUGGCGGUCUACAGACAAGGUUUCCAGGUGGAGGCUGAGGAGGACAUCAAGUCUGAGACCAGCGGCAUCUUCCAGGACCUGCUCCUGGCCCUGGCCAAGGGGGGCCGUGAGAGCUACUCCGGAAUCAUCGACUAUCACCUGGUGGAACAGGACGUGCAGGCAUUGCGAAUGGCUGAAGGACCCAGCACCGAGGGCACGUGGGUCCUGACCUUCACCCAGCGAAAUCCGGAACACCUUGUCCGAGUGUUCGAUCAGUACCAGCGGCAGACGGGCCAGGCGCUGGAGGAGGCUGUCCAGAGCCGUUUCCAUGGAGAUGCUCAGGAGGCCCUGCUUGGCCUAGCCUCAGUGCUCAGGAACACACCCCUGUACUUCGCCGACAAACUUCACCGAGCCCUCCAGGAGACUGAGCCCAACCACCAAGUCCUGAUGCGCAUCCUCACCUCUCGGAGUGAGACUGACCUCCUAAGCAUCAGAGCUGAGUUCAAGAAGAAAUUCGGGAAAUCCCUCUACUCUUCGCUCCAGGAUGCAGUGACAAGCGACUGCCGGUCGGCCCUCCUGGCCCUGUGCAGGGCGGAAGACAUCUGAGACCUCCCUGCCCCGACACUCACAUGCUGGUCAAAUCUCUGAGACUGCAGAGCAUCCAAACAGGAUAACCCCUCACUGAGCACCACAUGGCUCCAGCUUCUUAUCGAGGACCGACCUCUAAGUUUCCUUUAAAUCCUUUCAUUUCCCUCAUCUCACAGUGCCGCCUGUACCUGGGGCCUCCAGCUCCACCUUGGGUGUAAGGGGGUGACGGGAUCUCUCCCAUAGUUUCUGCCUCACCCUCCCCAACCCUGGCCAGAUCAUCUCACUAGUACUUGAAUUCUUUUGUCAGACUUCGCUGUUGUUUGUGUUCCCUGAUUGAAGUUUGGGUGGGGCAGGAUAGGUGUGGGGCUGGGGCCCUGGCUUUGGAGGAGGCUUUGAUGUGCACUGGCCAGUCCACAGGGACCCAGUUUCUGCCCUGGGCCUGCAGUUAUCAACACCCUGGUUGCUGUGGGUCAACCUCACCCUUAUUAUUCUCCUUUCCCCAGGAAGUUUCGGGCAAAAUAACUGACAAACAGGGCAGCAGAAUGAGGUCAGAUACGGUCAGAGGUGGGCCGGCUGGGUGAAACAGUGGUUAAGGCAGCUGGACCCCACAAGGCCAACUGUGGUUCAAG